AUGACAAGUGAUGGGUACCAUACAAUGAAUGGGCUGGGUAUUGAUAAUGGAGGAGAAAAGCGCGUGACUACCCCGGACAAGAUGGCUGGUUUAUCCCUGUUCAAUGGCGGCAGACACCGAAGCGAGGACACAGAUGAGCUUGAUCGUGAGGAGCAGCUGGCGGCGAGCUCGGAGCCUAAAGUGAAACCAGUGACAGCAGUGGAGGUUGGCGGCAAUGUCGACCGCAGACAGCUACCCAGCCCAGUCCAAACGCCAGAGCCAGAAAGUCAAAGAACGAAACGGCCGGAAAAUACUGUAGACGAAGGCCUUACGCUCCCGAAAAGGCCAGCUGGCCAGAUACCAAGACCUGCGGCAGCCGAAGUUACGCUUAAAGACCGCUCAUAUAUCUCUUCGCGCCCGCCAAAGUCAAAUAAACACAAUGCUGAGGGGGACGGGACGAGAGAAAAGGACAAGAUCCAAAAGCUAUCCCCAGCGAAAUUACAGGACCUAACGUCUUCGCCAGAAUUCACUUGUGUGCGGGUAGCUGAUGAUGUUGACACUGAUGUCGAUGUUGACACGGCGGAGCCACAAGUUCAACAGAUACCACUAAAGCCGGCUCACAUCUCGCCUAUCGAGGUUGGAGCAGAAACAGAACGGGGACCACCGACGAGCUCACUGAUACCUUUGGAUGAGAAAGAUGAAGAGGAUGCUUACGACGCAGAUAUGGGUAUUGCCUCGGGCUCGAACAGUGCACUAAAGGAACGCAAUAGAAGCCGCGCGCGAACACGUCGGUCCAGCACGGGAAAGAAACAAGUCCAUCUUCAGGAUCCGUUGGAGUUUCAUGGCCGGCGUGUUAAUAGUGAUCCAACUCAGCCACUCCCUACGUCAUUUCGUUCCUCUAAAAAGGCCUCGUCUGUGUCUGGUCCAGUGCCUGUGGAUGGGAGAGCGAGACCGUACAACAAUGGCUCAAGUAGCCGUUCAAGACGGAUGCCGUCCCCGUUGAAUCUAGAUGCAGGAUUCCGACCAAUACGUUCAUCGGGCGCAAAUAGAAGCGUGUCACCCGUGCCAGCCUCUAUUCCAAUUCCGCCGUUUUCUAUACCUACCUACCUCCAGCUCGAACUGUCCUCUCACCGACCAUCGUCAUUAUAUAUCCAUCGAUCAGGAGCGCAUGAUUUCCCCUAUGAGAGUUCUAGGGUUAUGCUAGAAAGAUUGCAGAAUUUCUUUCUUCUUCCUCCGCUUUUAGAACAGGCGUUAUGUUUUGGCACGCUGGCUUGUCUCGACUCAUGGCUGCAUACUUUCACUCUUCUCCCACUACAAUUUCUAAAGGCAGUCUACAUCCUGCUACAGUCCUGGAUGAUUAAUCUUGGGCUUGAGAUCCAGUUCGUCGCCUCAUAUAUUGUGAACGGCCUCGGUCGGAUGUGGAAACGUCGACGACGACGUGAUUCCGUGUCUGAAACCGCGCAUGAGAGACCUAUUAAUUUCAAAGAUUCCUCACCGAAGCUUAUACCCAUUGACCCAUCGCCAAGAGAUAGUAGUCCGGUUCUAGAUCCAGCUUCAGGGUCAGAUGCACAUCGGCGUCGUGGAUCUACAACUCGAAGACAUCGGAGGUCAAAGUCUAUCCCGUCCACACUGCUUGCAAAUGACAAGGCAGAUAUCCUUAAAGGAUUACUGAUGAUAUUCACCUGCACUAUUCUAAUGUAUUUCGAUGCGAGUCGAAUGUACCACUGGAUUAGAGGGCAGGCAGCUAUCAAGCUCUACGUUAUAUAUAACGUCCUUGAGGUUGGAGAUCGAUUACUUUCUGCCAUCGGACAAGAUGUUCUCGAAUGUCUUUUCUCUCAAGAAGCAUUGGAACGAAGACCAGACGGCCGAAGCAAAGUCGUACGUCCAUUUUGGAUGUUCAUCUUUGCUCUUAUAUAUACCGUGAUCCACGCCACGGCGCUUUUUUAUCAGGUGAUGACCCUAAACGUGGCAGUAAACUCAUACUCCAACGCGCUGAUUACCCUGCUAUUAUCCAACCAAUUCGUCGAGAUCAAAUCAACCGUCUUCAAAAGAUUUGAAAAGGAGAACCUUUUCCAACUCACCUGUGCAGAUGUCGUCGAGCGGUUCCAGCUGUGGCUAAUGCUCGUCAUAAUCGCUUCAAGAAAUUUCGUAGAAACAGGAGGUUUCAAGCUCGGAGGUGCCUUGACAUCUCAAAGCAACGCGGCAACCAGCACCAACAGCACAACCGCCUUUCGACCGUCCACAUCAAUCCUUCCGCAAUCAUUCACGCUUCUUAUUCCAUCGUCCGUGUUUUCUUCACUCAGCAGUGUUAACUCCAUUCUCCCUGCAAUUGGCCACCUUCUGGCUCCUUUCCUCGUUGUUCUCGGCUCCGAGAUGGUGGUCGACUGGCUCAAACAUGCCUACAUUAGCAAGUUUAAUAACCUUAAGCCAGCAAUGUACGGCAGGUUCCUUGAUAUUCUCGCCAAAGAUUACUAUAGCAGCGCAUUCUCCGACCCAAAUCUUAACCGCCGCCUCGGACUACCGGUUAUACCCCUUGCCUGUCUAUUUUUCCGCGUUUCAGUUCAGACAUAUCAGAUGUUUUUAACUGCUUGGCUACCACAGCUAUCUUCAUCUCCCUUCUACCCUUCGACGUCAAACGCUACGUCCUUGACUGAGAUACACAGUCACUAUGCACCCAUUUCUGGCCCAUCGACCUCUUUAUCGUCUAUACUAUCCGACUUAUCCAACUCUUCCGCCUCUGCAGUCCUAUCUUCCAUCUCACUUUCGACAAUCACGCAAGCAGCUUCUUCUAUUUUCCAAACACUAGUCUCAUAUGCCACUCCCUCCCCCGCAUCUUUCGUCCCUAUCUUCACUGUCAUCCUUGUUCUACUAUUGUAUAUCACCUUACUUCUGGGAAAACUCGUUCUCGGCAUGAUACUUCUGGGCUACUCUCGAACAAGGUACAAGAAUAUGAAAUAUCGAGAGCGGGAGUAUGCAGCACAACAGAAACGGGAGCAACGGCGCCAGCAGCAACAACAGUACAUAAACUCGACAUCCCCUUUACCUCAUGGGUCUUCAUUACCUGUCCCAUCUAUCGAAACGUCGCUGUCUAAUAGCGCAAGCAACAGCAACAGUGAUAUGAUAGAAGGAGGUCGACGUGGUGGUGGUUGGGGUGCCGUCGAGGUUGGGGAAGAUAAAAGAAGAUGGAUAUAUGUCGAUGACCCUGAAGGUCUGCGGAGAGUGCGUGAUCGAGAAGCAAAAAGCAGAAGUGAUAAACCUGGUGGAUCUGGUAGUGGGGCCCAUGGGCUUGAAAACGUAAAAAGAUAUGAAAUGGCGGCCAAGAGGAUAUGGUAA